AUGUAUCAGAACCUUGGUCGCACACCCAACUGGGAAACCUGCUUCAAGCAAACCCAACUCACCGAGGAGAACUUGCGAACACAUACUGCCACCCACAAGAAGCUCGAUAGUGCUUGUGAAAUGGAUGAUCAACUUUACUACCGAUAUGACGGUGACUUUGCUGAGUCAGACGACGGAAACGUGGAAAGCCAAAGAGAGACCAUCGCCUUGAGAAGAGCGGCAUCGUUGGAAGUCUUGAAGGCGUACGGCGGAUGCUUCGCCUCUGGCUUCCUCGCACUACAAGAGCCCCUCCCAUCAAGGCCAAAAUCCAAACUCAGAUCAUACGAGAGCGCAUACAGCGUCGACAUGUCAAGAACGGCUUCCAACGCCACAUCACUCGAGACAGCCUCAAGCAGCUGGAGCAGCAACGUCGACGUGCCACGGCCAGAUUCGUCUACAUUAGGCGUACCAGUACCGGAAAGCAAAGGUGGAAAAUGGAGCUGGCGAAGCAUGAGGAGGAGUCGAAAGCAAGCUGCGAAGAAGAUUGAAUCUGAAGCAUCUUCAUACAAAGGUCCCGCCCCACCCCCACCCCAGCCCUCGACCACCGUUCCAGCUAACCCCAGAGAAGUACCUACCUACGCCAUAGCACCAUCUUCACCACCCACACUGCUGUCUUCGCCCAAACUCCCCCGUAGCAUGAGCUCGCAAUCUUCCAAGCCCCGCCGAGCUUCGACUGUUCUCGACCCGUACGCUGCACCGCACAUAUACUAUGGCGAGAGUCACUCGCGGAAGCACACCAGAGCCAGGACCUACUCGGCUAACGUAGACAAUGCCACGCGCAAUGCCCCAAUUGCCGAGGGUGCCAUUGCUGGCCGACGCAUCAGUCACGAUGAAAUCUCCCUGCAGCCUCGCCGCUUCAAGAUCAAUGUCGAAGAAACGCUCCAGCAGCUUCUCGCCCGCGAAGACUCGGACCAGAACUACCAGAUCACAAUAGACGACAAGGGACCCAAGACCUUGUCUCUCGGUACUCUUGGCUCCAACGCCUUCAAGAAGCACGAUGUCCGCGGCACCUAUAUGCUCUCGAACCUGCUCCAGGAGCUCACACUUGCAAAAGACUACGGCCGCAAGACCAUCGUGCUUGACGAGUCACGCUUGAACGAGAAUCCUGUAAACCGCCUGAGUCGCCUCAUCCAAUUCUCCUUCUGGGACGGUCUCACACGCCGCAUCGACGGCUCCAACAUCGCCAAAGUCGGUGUCGAUCCCAAGGACUGGACAGACGACCCACGCCCGCGUAUAUACAUCCCCCAGGGCGCACCUGAGCAGCACGAAUACUACACCCGCAUUGCUCGCGAGCAUCCCGACAUGCGUCUGGAUGUCAUCUGGCUGGACAAGGAUUGCGACAACAACGAUUACGUGCGCGAUCUGAACAAAGCACCCGGUCUGCUCGCUAUUGCUAUGGAAGAAUGGAUAGACCCAGAAACAAAGAAGAAGGACCUGAGGGGUCUGCCGUUCGUCGUCCCAGGUGGCCGCUUCAACGAGCUCUACGGAUGGGACAGCUAUAUGGAGUCGCUCGGUCUCCUUGUCAACGACCGUGUUGACCUGGUCAAAUCCAUGGUCAUUCACUUCUGCUUCUGCAUCAAGCACUAUAACAAGAUCCUCAACGCAAACCGCACUUACUAUCUCUGCCGAUCUCAGCCUCCCUUCCUCACUGAUAUGGCUCUGCGAUGCUAUGAACGCAUCAAGCACGAGCCUGGUGCGCUCGACUUCCUACGUGAAGCCAUCCUUGCUGCCAUCAAGGAAUACCACUCGGUUUGGAUGAGCGCGCCUCGCCUAGACCCCGUUACUGGGCUCACCAGGUACCGGCCUGGCGGACGAGGUGUGCCGCCUGAGACGGAAGCCAGCCAUUUCCACCAUGUUCUGAUGCCGUAUGCUGAGAAGCAUGGUAUGACAUUUAAGGAGUUCGUCGAUGCAUACAACAACGGACGUGUCGAAGAGCCUGAGCUUGACGAUUAUUUCCUACAUGACCGCGCUGUACGUGAAUCUGGCCACGACACUUCAUACCGUCUAGAGAGAGUCGCCGCAGAUCUUGCAGUCGUCGACAUCAAUGCGCUUCUUUACAAGUACGAAGUGGACAUUGGCCGUUGCAUCCGCAAUCACUUCGGUGACAAGCUUGAGAUCCCAGAUGGCUUCCGCACUGGUGACAUGAAGCCUGGCCAUGUUGAGAACUCUGCCACGUGGGAGCGCCGUGCUAGAAAACGCCGCGUUCAGGUGGACAAGUAUCUCUGGGAUGAAGAAGCUGGCAUGUACUUCGACUACAAUACAGUCAAGCAAGAACGCACCGGCUACGAGAGUGCCACCACUUUCUGGCCCAUGUGGUCAGGUCUUGCUACUCCUCGCCAGGCUAGCAUUCUUGUGGAGAAGGCCCUCCCUAAGCUGGAGGCAUUUGGUGGGCUUGUUUCGGGUACAGAGAAAUCGCGCGGCAAAGUCGGCCUUGACCGCCCCAAUCGUCAGUGGGAUUAUCCAUUUGGCUGGGCGCCGCAGCAGAUGCUCGCUUGGGUCGGCAUGCAGCGAUACGGGUACGAUGCAGAAGCCCAACGCCUGGCUUACCGCUGGCUCUUCAUGGUCACCAAGGCAUUUGUUGACUUCAACGGCGUUGUUGUUGAGAAAUACGAUGUCACGAGGAAGAUUGAUCCUCACAGGGUAGAGGCCGAGUACGGUAACCAAGGCAGUGACUUCAAGGGUGUUCCUCGCGAAGGCUUCGGAUGGGUCAACGCAAGUUACGUUUACGGUCUCACGCUCCUCAGCGCACACCAGCGCCGUGCUCUCGGUGCGCUUACCGAUUGGGACAGCUACUCAAAAGCCAUGGAAGAUCUUGGUAUGAUGUUCGCCACCAGAAAACGCAAGAGUACUACAUUCCUCCAUUGGACCUUCAAAAUGCCUUCGGUGCUGAUUCACCUUCCUUCGGCAACACCCUCUCGCACCGAGAAUCCUCUUCCACAGCUCCUCCACACACCCUCUGGCCUAGCACUCAUAGAAAUCCAAGGCACAAUCCACUUCCCAACGCCUGCGGAAUCCUCCGGGCCCUCUACACAAGUCGGAAAGCUCGUCUUUCCAUACUACAAUCCCAACAUCAACGAUCCAAGCGACACAAAAUGGAUGAAGCGCGUAUACAUGUACAUUGGCAAAGGCCAGCGCAUGACAGGCGAGUGCAAGAAGUUGCCCAAGCCAUAUGGGGUCAUGCGCAAGAAAGAAAAGAAAGAUGUUGAAGAUGUAGCCAUGGGUGGCCUUGAACAAGAGGACGGUGCGAAGGAAGAAGAGCUGGAGAUUGUAGAGGUGGUGAGCACCAUUAAUCACAAACUCAACAUGCAGUACGCAACUGCGGCUCUGUUGGCCUUGUUAACUAGCACUACUUAUGCCGCUGUGGGAGAUUGGCAGCAAUGUGGUGGUAUAAGUUGGUCUGGUGAGACCACGUGCAGUUCAGGUGCAGGCUGCGUCAAGAUCAAUGACUACUACUCUCAAUGCCAACCCGGUGCAGCCCCGGCGCCCACUGCGGAGCCACAACCUGACCCUGUUCCAGAACCGACACCUACAACCUUUACAACCGUCUCUCCAGGGGCACCCACUGUCAGCAGCACCCCAUCGGGAAGCGGACCGGGCAAGACACUUCAGAGCGGCUAUUACUGGAUCCGCUCAGUCGCCGCGCCCAACUUCCACAAAUACUUCCAAACCAACCCCCUCUACUCGACAGGAUCAGCUCUCCUAGGCGACUACACCACAGCCGGCCAGUUUCAAGUCGUUGACGGUCAACUAGUUGAAUUAGUAUCCGCUCCCGGUGAGCCUGUCAAGCUUCUCUAUGCUGUCGUAUCCGAGGAGCGCUCUAUAAACGGCAUGUCUCUUGCUGUUAGCUUCUCCGAGAGCAAGAACACGUACGGAACGUUUGCAUGGGGUGGGGACGAUCUCCAAUGGAGUGUUUCUGGUGUCAAUCGCCCGAACAAGAGCGCAUGGUAUGUGUGCACUGGGCAGAAACUGUAUAUCAACUUGGGUAACUACUUGUAUCAGACGCCAAGUGGGUGUGCUGAUCAGACUGUGCAUUACUACAAUGAUAAGACGGCGAACAAUUAG